UCCUGUCAACGUUCUGUUCCUGUUCACAUCUGGGGAGAGGAUAAAAAUAUACAUAAUUCAAUUAUUUGUCAUUCUUGUUAAACUUUUAGGUUACGGUUAAGUUAAGACGCCAUUGCGCUAGAAUAAGUAUAUUUACAUGUACAUAAAAAACGGAGGCUGAAUCCAGAAUCGAACAUCUGGGAUCGACUUUCCUGGUCUUGGUGUUGACAAUUCAUGUUGCCCAGCAAUGGCCCAGGGUCAGACUUCUUCGCAACCUGUUCCAACUGGCACAGACAAAGACAGCAGUGUACCAGCGGUGGGUUACGACAAGAAGUGUAUUUUCUGCAGGAUUGUAAACAAUGAAAUGGACACAGAGCUUCUCCACAGAGAUGAAGAUAUUUGCUGCUUCAGGGACAUUAAACCCGGAGCUCCACAUCAUUACCUGGUUGUCCCAACCAAACAUGUUGGAAACUGUAAAUCACUCAACAUACAACAUGUGCCUUUAGUGAAGCAAAUGGUUGACGUCGGGAAGGAUGUUUUGCGAAAACACAAUGUGACCGAUCUCACUGAUGUCAGGUUCGGCUUCCAUUGGCCACCGUUCUGUUCCGUCACACAUUUACACCUACAUGUUCUGGCACCAGUCAGUCAAAUGGGCUUCAUGUCGCGCCUCGUCUACAGACUCAACUCCUACUGGUUUGUCACGGCAGAUCAGCUGGUUGAGCUUCUCAACUCUAAAGUAGAGACACAUUGAACUCCGGAUCCAUUUUUUUUCUUCAGUGAAUUUUCAUAAAGUGGCCUCAGUAAGCUGCCAUGUUGGAUGAUACGGGAUCUGUUGUUCUUUCUUGUUUGACAAAAGUUAAGGACGGUGUUUUAUUUUAAACAUGUGUGAAGUCCUGUAGGACAAAGUAUUUCUUGGUUUCUUCACAAUGUGCCAGAAAGAUGUCCCAGGAAGAGUGGGGUAUCGAAGCUCUCAUCUUAGAAAAAAACCAAUGGCUAGGGACCAAUUAGCAUUUAUCUGAUUUGAUCAAAACUGAAAGAUGAUUUGAUUUUAAAACGCAGCCGUAGAACAAAACUAAUCAAAGUCCACGGAAUUUGUUUGUUUUUCCUGUCAUUUCAGAGGGCCUGCAAUGUGAAGUUGAGGUGAUGCAUGUGAAGAAAAAAAAUUUAAUUGAACAUUUAUCCACUGAAUAUAUGAGCUAUACCGCCUGAUUUACAUGUGUAAUCCUCAAAACAUUACUUUGAUUGUUGAGGUACUGUACAACAUGAUCAUAACAAGCACUGCAACACAGUUAAUGUACUGAAAAUACUUAAAUGAUUGCAAUGUGUAAUAUAUAUAUAUAUAUAUAUUGCUUAGUAUACAGGAAAGAUGUACAUCAAUACUGGCUACCAGUUCGUAAAAGUCUGCUUUACCUCAAACAAAACCAUAUUUACAGAAUACACAUAAUUCAAAAUUAAAAAGCAACAACACUAAUUUUAUGGCAGACUUUUUUUUUUUGUAAGUGUGUGAUUCUAUCCACCUGAUAGAAUCAGUUUUGAAGCAUGUAAUUCAGAAGCCAUCCAUCUUUAAUCAGUUUUAUCAAAUGUCAGGGCAUUGUCAUCACUUUCUGCUGUGUAUGAACUGAAUGUGAACAACCAAUAUGCACUUUUAAUUAUUAAUUUAGAAUAAACAAUGUUGCUUCUA